UCCCGCGAGCGUCGCCGCGCUUGGAAGUGGGGCGCGCGGGCUGGGAUGCAGUGGCCGCGGGGGUCCCCCGACGCCCCCUGCUGCUCACCCCCGCCUCCCCCUCCUCCUCCUCAUUAUUAAUUUUGGACUCUCCAGCGGCGCCUUCUCCCCGACGCGCCUCGCCCCCCACGAUUUCCCAACGCAAUGGCCACUUCCCGGGGGAGGACCAAGAAGAAAGCACCCUUCGACACCUUUGCGGACACCCUUCCUUUGCGGAGCUCUGGGCGGCAGGCGAAGAAAAAGGCCACGGAGAUCCUAGACGACGACGAGGACGGCGGGUGCGAGAAGAAGUACCGGAAGUGUGAGAAGGCGGGCUGCACGGCCACCUGUCCCGUGUGCUUCGCCAGUGCUUCCGAGAGGUGUGCCAGGAACGGCUACACGUCCCGGUGGUAUCACCUCUCUUGCGGGGAGCAUUUCUGCAAUGAGUGUUUCGACCACUACUACAGAAGCCAUAAAGAUGGGUAUGAGAAAUACGCUACGUGGAAGAAGAUCUGGACGAGCAACGGGAAAAGCGAGCCCAGCCUCAAGGCCUUCAUGGCGGACCAGCAGCUCCCGUACUGGGUCCAGUGCACAAACCCGGAGUGCGGGAAGUGGCGGCAGCUCACCAAGGAGACGCAGCUCACCUCCCAGAUCGCGCGGACCUACCGGUGCGGCUGGAAGCUGAAUUCUGCCAUCAAGCCCGAGAACAGUGGGAACUGUUGCACCCAGCCAGAGGACCUGAGGGUGUCGGAAGUCUCCAGCCCCUGGUGGCACUCCAUGCUCAUCCUGCCGCCCCUGCUGAAGGACAGCGUGGCGGCGCCCCUGCUGCGCGCCUACUACCCCGACUGCGUGGGCAUGAGCCCGUCCUGCACCAGCACGCAGCACACGGCCGCCAGCCCCGGGAAGCAGGACCCCACCAAGGCCUCGCCCUCGGUGCUGGUUCCAGGCAUGAACCGCUACUUCCAGCCUUUCUACCAGCCCAACGAGUGCGGCAAGGCGCUGUGCGUGCGGCCGGACGUGAUGGAGCUGGACGAGCUGUACGAGUUUCCGGAGUACUCCCGGGACCCCACCAUGUACCUGGCCCUGCGCAACCUCAUCCUGGCCCUGUGGUACACCAAUUGCAAGGAAGCUCUGACCCCGCAGAAGUGCACCCCCCACAUCAUCGUCCGCGGGCUGGUGCGCAUCCGGUGCGUGCAGGAGGUGGAGCGGAUCCUCUAUUUCAUGACCAGGAAGGGGCUCAUCAACACCGGGGUGCUCAACGUGGGCCCUGACCAGUCCCUGCUGCCGAAAGAUUACCACAACAAAUCAGUUAUCAUCGUCGGGGCCGGCCCAGCAGGACUAGCAGCUGCCAGGCAGCUGCAUAACUUCGGGAUAAAGGUGACAGUCCUGGAGGCCAAGGACCGAAUCGGGGGCCGAGUGUGGGAUGAUCUGUCCUUCCAAGGCGUCACCGUGGGACGAGGCGCGCAGAUUGUCAACGGCUGCGUGAACAACCCCGUGGCGCUGAUGUGUGAACAACUUGGCAUCAGCAUGCAUAAAUUCGGAGAGAGAUGUGACUUAAUUCAGGAAGGUGGAAGAAUUACUGACCCCACUAUUGACAAGCGCAUGGAUUUUCAUUUUAAUGCCCUCUUGGAUGUGGUCUCUGAGUGGAGGAAGGAUAAGACUCAGCUGCAAGAUGUGCCCUUAGGAGAGAAGAUCGAGGAGAUCUACAAGGCGUUCAUGAAGGAGUCGGGCCUCCAGUUCAGCGAGCUGGAGGAGCAGGUGCUGCAGUUCCACCUCAGCAACCUGGAGUACGCGUGCGGCAGCGACCUGUACCAGGUGUCUGCCCGCUCCUGGGACCACAAUGAGUUCUUCGCCCAGUUUGCCGGCGACCACACGCUCCUCACCCCCGGCUACUCCGUCAUCAUGGCCAAGCUGGCCGAAGGGCUGGACAUUCGCCUCCGGUCUCCAGUGCAGAGUGUGGAUUAUUCUGGAGAGGAGGUGCGCGUGACCACCACAGACGGGACGGGGUACGCUGCCCAGAAGGUGUUGGUCACCAUACCGCUGGCCUUACUGCAGAAGGGGGCCAUCCAGUUUCACCCGCCUUUGUCGGAGAAGAAGCUGAAGGCCAUCAACAGCUUAGGCGCAGGCAUCAUCGAAAAGAUCGCCUUGCAGUUUCCUUACAGAUUCUGGGACAGUAAAGUCCAAGGCGCCGACUUCUUCGGCCACGUGCCUCCGACUGCCAGCAAGCGCGGGCUCUUCGCCGUCUUCUACGACAUGGACCCCCAGAAGCAGCACAGCGUGCUGAUGUCCGUGAUCGCCGGGGAGGCGGUGGCGUCCCUGCCCAGCCUGGACGACAAGCAGCUGCAGCAGCAGUGCAUGGCCACCCUCCGCGAGCUCUUCAAGGAGCAGGAAGUCCCGGACCCCACGCAGUUCUUUGUCACGCGGUGGAGCGCUGAUCCCUGGAUCCAGAUGGCCUACAGUUUCGUGAAGACGGGCGGCAGCGGCGAGGCCUACGACAUCAUCGCCGAGGACAUCCAGGGCCUGGUCCACUUCGCCGGUGAGGCAACCAACAGACAUUUCCCACAGACUGUGACAGGGGCGUAUCUGAGUGGCGUUCGGGAAGCCAGCAAGAUCGCAGCGUUCUAAACAGAAUCCGGACCUGCCUUUCUCAGCGGUCAAGUCCGAAACACGUUAAACCUCACUUUCUGAAAAUCAAAGUCAUAACAGCAAACCCUCUUUGGGUAGCAAAGCUCAGUAUUUCUAAGGAGCUAGGACAGCAGAAGCUGUGUCACCAUUCUGAAAGCACUGGCCCCAGGGACCCGUUUAUAAAGCACUUAUAUUUAAUUGCAAUUUUCAUGGGUCAGAGGAGUGCUAAAUCUUUGGACUUCAGAGUAAGACGCAACAUAACCUUCAAUUAGACCUUUUUCUGUGGUUAGAGACCCUUCAAAUUCCAUUUUGUUUGGCUGCUCAGUUUUCAGUGGAAACCAAGUUGAUCAAAGUAGACAAAGCCAUGUAUUUUUCUCCUAGUUUAUCAGUACCUUGACCAAUGAGCCUUAAAGAUUUUCAUAUAGCUCUACAAUUGAGAUUUUAAAGUUUAGAUAGAAAUCUUUCUUUUGAAUACAGUGCAAACUCUUUAAAGCUAAAUGAAGUUUAUAGAUUUUUAUAUUACAUUUCUUUCUAUUUGGUGUGCAGAAAAAAAUUUAAGUAUCCCAUGUGAGAAAACAUUCUAGAUUGUGUACUUAUUUGGCAAAACAGCAAAAAAUGUUUUCCUCAAACAUUGUACUAUUUCUUUGAAAAAUGGGGUAGAUAAGAAAUGUGUGAUUGUCACACUUUACCCUAAGAAUAUGGCUGUUUUCCUGGAGCCAAAUUUAGGCGGAUGGUACCCUUUAAAUUGCAUUAAUUUUGGCAACUAAUAGCAAGAUGAUCUUUUCAAAUAAGAAGAGCCUUUCACCGCUGCCUCUUUUUAACAAUGGAGUCAGUCUCUAGGAAUAUUUUUUACACAACCAAUUCUCAGUAUUCCAUAGGCGGGUCCAUUGGAACACUGAGGAGAAAUGUGAGUUACCUGCUAAAUAUUACACAUCAUAUCUUAUAAGAAGCCAUAUCUUAAAUCUGAAAACACAGUAGACAAAAAACAAACUUGGUUUCAGGGUCUUUGGGAUGCUUAUCUUGCCAAGAAACUUUAGUUUACAGUUUAGAAAUACAGAUAUAAAGUGCUUUUGUUUUAAAAAGUCUUUAAACAGUUCUUUCAGUUACAUUGGUCAGCUUAUAAAAGGGACUCAAUGACUUUAAAGUGAUUUUUCAAAACAGUAGGCACUUUUGAAUUUCAAUGUGUCUGCUAUAAGUAAACCGUACUUUUGCAAUGAUGAGCUUUUGACAGAAACAACUUCCUCCCCACCAAAGUGUGACACGAUGAAAGAAAACUAUUUAUUACUUUCAGAACUAGCACAGGAAAAUGUUGAUGUUUGGGUUUUUUGGACAAGACUCAUUGGUACUGACUGGGAAGUAUUUGGCUUUAAUAGUGUUAUGUGUUACGAUAUUAAAGAAUAGCAUGUGUUAAGCGAUAAAUGCAAAAAGAAGUUUGAAAUGGUUUGCAGUAAAUUAUUACUUUAGUUUCUGGGCACUUGUACUAUGCUACAAGCAAAUGACAGAUUUGAUUUAAUGUAUGUUUAUUUUUCUAAAAACCUCAGUUCUUGUCUCCAGUGAUACACUGUAUUUUACACUUUGUUCUAUAAGAAACUACGGUACUUCCUUUUUUCUUGAAUUUCUUUGAAUGUUUUUCACAACUGACUUAAGAUUUUAUAAUUUAGUAGCAGUGAAUACACAAAUGUUUUAACUACAGAUUAUAAACGGCUGGUUGUGUAAAACUUCUUAAUAAAAACUAGAAUUGUUUUUCAAAUACACCGA